UGGACUUGGACGGACACAGAGGGACAGAAACGAAUGAGGAGGUUUUUAAAGAGGAAUAAAGUGUGUGUGUGUGUGUGUGUGAUGUAAUUCAACACUUGUUAAAAGCAGACUGUUAGUCAGAAGUAUAGGACUCUCUCUCUCUCUCUCUCCUUCAAUUGACUAAAAAUAUGAAAACAUACCAGUACAACACAGCAGAUUUCGUUUAUCAGGUCAAAAAUAUACAUUUUAAAGUAUUUAGAAAUAUGUAUUUUUUAUUAUUUAUAGAGACUAUUUAAUUUAUAGUUUCCCUCCAGAGCCCCUCCCUCUGUCCGGCUCUUUUUUCCUGUCUAUCUUUAUCUCUAUCUAUUUGUGAGUGUGUGUGAGUGUGUGUGUGUGUGCGAGAGCGACAACAUCUCCAUGUUAAAUUAUUAUUAUUAUUAUUAUUAUUAUUAUUAUUAUUAGCGCUCGCCUAAAUGAUGACAUUUUAAAAAUUAAUACAUUCAUUUGUGUUGAUACGGUAUUCCUAUGGCCUCUCUCUCUUUUUCUCUCUUUUUCACAUCAUUUACUGAUCGAGGGCUUGAAAUGAACGUGGAGCCUGCGUUUAGGUUAUUUAACAUUAUGAAGUUCACUUCACUCACAACAGAAACUACAAAAAUCAAGCACACACACUCACUCAGAGAGAGAGAGAGAGAGAGAGAGAGAGAGAGAGUAUCUAAUGUGUGUCAGUGCAGCUCCACGCGGCCGUGACAACAACGUCGAUUUAUUUAAACACAAACGACCCAAUAAUAGACCGUGAUCUCGAUCUCCCUGCGCCUGUUUAUUAAACUGCUCCGAGUGACUGUGGUUACAGUCCGUCCACCCAACUGUAAACGAAACGAACAAACAGAUGUUUAUUUAAUUAGAGUUACGGCCACGACAUUUAAAUUACAAUUUAUAUGUCACAAACUAUUUUGACCCCUGAGGUUGACGCGGGGCCGUGAGGUUUCUGCAGGAAUACUGCCAUGAUUUAUAAUUUUGCUGACAAUACGGUUCAGAUGCAUUUUAUAAUAUUUUUUAUUUAUUUAAGUGUAAUCCAAACUCAAUAGUCACCUACAGUAAAGGAGGCGCGCGCCGCGUGAACCCUCACAGACAUGAAAUGAUUACAGUUAUACGGUGAUUUAACCACAGUGAGUUCGAUUGUCUCGUUAAUACCUUUGCUUUUUAUUCAGACUUUAUAUCUGAAGUUCCAGCUCCAAUUGCAAACGCCGCUCUUAUCUGAACGGGGGCCGCACGAGCUUUGACCCGGUGACUUUGACGUGUAGGCCGAGUACAGACGGCAGAUCUAGACGGCAGAUUUACAUUUAGCAGAAACCACUCUUUUUUAAGCUUAUCUAUUAUUCUAUAUAUAUAUAGAAUUAUAGAAAAUAUAUAAUUUUAAAUAUAUAUAUAUUUAUUUAUUUAAAACUUUAAAAAAUAGUUUUAUUGUAGAUGUUGAGAACCAGGAUUGCAUUAUCUAUCAUUUUGAAACUGGAGAAGGCAUGAAUGUCAUGUCGUUUACUGUAUUUUUUUUACUUCCACCUGAUAAAAUGAUUAAUCUUAAAUUUAAACAAACAAAACAGACUUUUUCUCAAAUGUUAUUGGACAUUUUUUAUUGUUCAUUUGAAAAAAAAUAAACAUCAACGUGUGUGAAUUUCACUUGGUGAAGUUUUGAAUAAUAACACUGUAAAUUUCCUGCAACUAGAAACUGAUCAAACUAUAAUAUGGAGUAUUAAUAUCAAAUAUGCCUUUAACAGUAACAAAGAGUCUUUUCCCCCACAGUGAUCUAUAUAGAAGUAUAGAAUUAUAAUGUUACAGCGUUGGAAUGUGGCUCCACUGUCACACACAACAAAGAAUAGCUUCUGAUUUCUCUCGUAGGACUCUGGAUUAGUCUGGUAUUGUUUGUCCGCCUGGUGUUAUUACAGGAAGUGGCAGUAGCUCCUGGCACACAUCAUCAUAAUAAUAUUAAUAACAAAAAGUGGAGAUCCCUUUGGUCAUUUUUAAAAAGGUGAAAAACUUCUCCACCUCGAUUCCUUAAACAUAAAACCACACAUCUGCUUCGAUUCAGUCACCUCACGCUUCCUCUGAACUCUUUCCUGCAUUUUUCAGAGCAGCACUGAGAGGCAGGCAUACAUUGGCAUAAACUACCGGCACCCGGCCUGGCUCGGUCUGGUCCAGAUGGGGUCUGCAAUCUCCCCUUCCAGUACUGAGACUGAUGAGCCUUUCAGCCAGCUCGCCGUAGCCAAACAGCCAUUCACCCUGCCAGUCAUGUCACUUUUUAGCCAAGCAAACAGCCAGGUUUCCAGUUAGUCAGUGCACCAGCCAGUUAUCCCGGCUAUAACUUUUCUUUCUAACACCGACCGAGGUAACACAAAUGUGACGUUCCUUGAGCCAGCCAGAGGACGCCUCUGUAGAGCUUUCAAAGACACGGCCUGUCCCAUCAGACGAUAGGGUGCUUCAUCGCAAAAUCAAAUGACCCGGCCGUCAACUUUGCCACAGAAACAAUUUUGCUGUUUGUAGCUUCUGGUUGCGGAGGUUCCAGCUUCAGUAAUGUCUCUUUAGGCUCUGUGAGCGCCUUCAAAUUGGACAGAGAAAACAAAUGUAUCCCCAGUGAAAUGUUCACAAAUGUCACUUAGAUGCAGUGCUAAUCAGUGGCUCGGUGCUUCAUUUCAGGCUGUAAAUGCAAUAUUAUUUUUGAAGAAAAUGUCAAAUUACACAGACUGGGUUCUCAGCAACAGCCUUUGUCUCACUGAUAUUUCUGCCUUGCUGCACUGGGCACAGCUUGUCCCUCUGAGGUUGUGUGGGCCAGCCAAUAAGGACGCGACACUGUGCCUGCCAGGGCAGAGAUGCAGCUUUUAGCUUUAACACUUUCUAUGGCUGCUCAAUUCCAAAUAUGUGUCAUUCAGCCAUUAUAAUUCAACAAUUCUGACAUUUAUAAGAUUUUGUUUUUGUUUGUUUUGAGGGUUUUUUUUACUCAAUAGCGCUGUGUAUCUGAAUGGAAAAUAAUAUUUUUGUUUCAUGUUCAGGUACAUUUUCCAAUAAAAUGGAAGCAGAAGAGUCUGUUUAGUGACCUCUGUGGAGAACUGCAGCAUUUAAAGCCAGCAUUGUCCAUUGUGUGUGUGUCUGGUCCUUUACUCCAUCAUUUGUUUAGGAGGAACUUUUCAUGGAGUUCUGUGAUUGUGUUGUUUGGGCUAUUAAAGUUGACUCGCAAAAAAACAAAGAGCCAGUUUGGAUUUGAUUGUACAUUUUAAAUCAAAAGACCAUUUUUUGGACGGCAUUUUAGAGGAUGGGGGGGCCAAUGGGUAGUUUCUUCCCCCACCUCUCUUUGUUUGUGCGGUAAAUUCAGCAGCAGCUGCUGGUCCCGGAGUCUAGUGGGAUUCUGGGCCUGCGCUUUCUCAUGGCAUCCCAUUCCAAGGUGGUGUAACACUAGUGGGAAAGGGAGAGAGAGAGGAGGAGGAUGGAUAGGUGUUUCUGGAGGGGAUAGAGCAGGUCCCGCUGUAAGUCACCGAUGACAGCGUCAGUCGGGUGGUAAGGUGUCGUAGGAAGAUUGGAGCGGUUUGGAACGGGUACAUGUAAAAACAUUGUCCUCUGGACUUUGCCUUUGCACUUAUUUGGAACUUAUCUAUUUGAAUAAUGACAAGCCUUCUGUUUGCACCUCACAAUCCCCCCUCCUCCCAUCACCUCUCUCUCUCUCUCUCCCUCUCUCUCUCUCCACCAGCCCCCAGCCCCCACCCUCUUUGGCAGUUUCUGUGCCAUCUCUCUCAUCCCUCCCUUUCAGCACUGAGAGUGAGCGUAUUGGUUGGUCUGUUUGAGACUCGGUGCCAAAUAGGUGGGUCCUCCGCAUGUUGGCACAGACUCAGUCAAUGGUAAAGGAAGGAAAGAGAGAGAGAGAGAGAGGGUGUUGGAGAGGAAGAGGGGGAAAAAAGAAGCAGCACUUGCGUUUGCCAGUGGUCCUGCACACUCUUCUAUCAUUGAUUUGCUUCUAUUGUUUUUGUUUUUGUUUUCUUUUUUUUCCUGCUUCCUUUUCUGCUCUGUCUACACGCAGUUUGUCCAGCUCUCUCACCCUUUUCUUUCGUAGUCUUAUGCAGAUCUUACAACACUAAACCAAAAUCCCAUGCGGCUUUGCUAAGCAUUUUCCAGUUUUUCUUUUUUUCUCUUUCUAUCAAGAUAUUUUUAUGCUGCAUAUUCUUCCAAACAAGGAGGCUUGUUUAAGUACUCGACAGUUUGAUUUGUUAACGCAAAAUCUGCUUCAUUCCGUUCGUGGUUUCGUGCGUUGCAUUUUUUUUUAAAGACUGACGAACUUCUUCCCUUUUUUCUUUUGUGCUUUACCAGCAGCAGCACCUCUCUGGCAUCUCUUGCUAGAGUACCUCCUGUGUUUCUGUACUGGUAUUGCAGUACGCCCCCUUGGCAUCCUUGGAAGUUUUUUUUUUCUUCCCCGCUGCUUUUGCUGGACACUCAGCUUCUCUUUGCUGCUGUAUCUUUUUUCCGUCCUCCAUCUUUUGUUCCUAAAGACACGUAGUACUAUUUUGGUAUUUCUGACAACAGUCCAGCUUACAAACUACUGGUCAGUCAUAAUUUGGUGUGCAGUCGUCGGGUGAGGUUAUGAUGUGAAAGCAAAAUGGAUGAAUUCCACCCCUUCAUCGAGGCCCUGCUGCCCCAUGUUCGCGCCUUCUCCUACACCUGGUUUAACCUGCAGGCCCGCAAGCGCAAAUACUUCAAGAAGCAUGAGAAGCGCAUGUCCAAGGAAGAAGAGCGUGCAGUGAAGGAUGAGCUGCUGGGGGAAAAGCCAGAGAUCAAGCAGAAAUGGGCCUCGCGCCUGCUGGCCAAGCUCCGUAAGGACAUCCGGCCUGAGCACCGCGAGGAGUUUGUGCUCAGUAUCACAGGAAAAAAGCCCCCCUGCUGUGUGUUGUCCAACCCCGACCAAAAGGGCAAGAUCCGUCGCAUCGACUGCCUUCGCCAGGCUGACAAGGUGUGGCGACUGGACCUGGUGAUGGUCAUCCUGUUCAAGGGCAGCCCCCUGGAGAGCACAGAUGGGGAACGGCUGGUCAAGUCGCCACAGUGCAACAAUCCUGGCCUCUGUGUUCAGCCGCACCACAUCGGAGUGUCUGUCAAAGAGCUCGACCUCUACCUAGCUUACUUUGUCCACUCGCCAGAUUCUGGACAAUCAGACAGCUCCAGCCAACAGGGGGACACAGACAUCAAGCCACCCCCCAAUGGGCACCUGAGUUUCCAGGACUGCUUCGUCACCUCGGGGGUGUGGAAUGUGACAGAGCUGGUCAGAGUGUCACAGACUCCUGUAGCCACAGCCACGGGUCCUAACUUCUCACUGGCUGACUUGGACAGCAGCCCAAGUUACUACAACAUCAACCAGGUGGCCCUGGGGCGACGUUCCCUCACCUCCCCUCCCUCCUCCAGGUCUGAGGUGGAAUUGUAUACAAGUCUUCCACGGAGCUCCAACAAGAGGAAGUCAUUAGACGACAGCGAGCUGGAGAGCCCUACAGAUGAUGUUUUCUACCCUGGACGUUCGCCCGCUGCCAGCUCCUCCCAGUCCAGUGCGUGGACCAAUGACAUGGAUGCAGUGCAGCACCAUUUGGCGAGUGUGCAGGAGAGGAAGAUAAAACAUGAAAACGAUGGCAUGCAGUUUCCUUACCAUGGACUGUCCUCGCCUGGUUCACUUAAGAAGCCUGGGAAGUUUGAUUUCAACGCCCUGACUUCCCAGACGAGGUCCCCCCGCAUGGCGUUUACACAUCACCCGCUGCCAGUGCUGGCAGGAGUGAGACCAGGGAGCCCCCGUGCCUCAGCCUCAGCCUUGCACUUCCCAUCCUCCUCAAUCAUCCAGCAAUCCAGCCCAUACUUCACUCACCCCACCAUACGCUACCAUCACCAGGAUCCUCUUAAGGAGUUUGUGCAGUUUGUGUGUACCACUGAUGGAACAGGACAGCCCAGCACACAGCCUAAUGGAGGUGGCCAGAGCAAAAUGCCGGGCUCCUUCCUGCUGCCCCCACCACCAGCAGUAGCACGCCCCGUGCCGCUCCCAAUGCCCGACUCUAAAAGCAUCAGCACACCCACUGACGGUGGAAUCAGCUCACCUGCAUCUCCGUCAUACUCCACGCCAGGCUCCACAGCUUCCAACCGGUUUGUCAGCAUCGGAACACGGGACAACUUUCUGAAUAUGCCCCAGCAGACUCAGUCCUGGUUCCUCUGACGAGGCCGCUCUGAAUCAACAGCUAAAAUUUGAGUCUUGAAAAAUUGGAAAUUCAAAAGACAAAUCACUGCUGAAAAGGGACAGACUGCUGACAGGAAAAAAUGUAUUUCCCUUUUGCCAACACUAAGAAGUAAGAACGUGACAACCCCUCUCCCCCUUCUCCUCCUCCCCCGCCCCCUCCCCCCAAGUCCAAGACAAUUUGAACAGCAGCAUUUGCCGUCCUUUCAGUGACACUGAGUGGACUCAGAAUACAAGGAGGUGGUAGUGGAGACACUGUCUGUCCCCGCCUUGUCAGAUAUGAAAUGCAAUGUGGUUAACCAGACAACUAACCGAUUAUACAUUUAGUUAAUCAUUAUCAUUUUUGUGGUCGUUGAAAACGGAUGCAUCAGAACAGGUUUCACUCACGCCUCAUCGGCCCCUUCUCAGGGUCACGAUACAAUUCACCUCACGCACCCCCCACCACUUUGACUUCAGUAAGAGUACUGAUUAGCCAAUCAUGAUUACACCAUCAAAUGGUGUGACCUAUUUAUGCACUAAGUGGCCGGUCACAGUACCUUACCAAGUUUAGGGACAUCAAGCAGCACUCUUCAUGUGCCCCUCCCUCCACUCAUCUAUGCACUAUUCAUAUAAAAUAUAGAAUGAACAGCAUUGCAAUUUAACCCUAACACACCAGGCACAAAGCCUCCACAGAGUAUACACAGUCUACAAUCUGUACAACAAUCUGUCAUUAAUCCAUUCACAAUGUCAACAUCUGGUAUUUUCAGGAAUGGACAUCGAGUUCAUUAUAUCAGCUUUUAUUUUGUAUGCAGUUGGGUUUUUUUUUUUUUGCUUCAGAUUUUGGUUUUGGUUUCGUCUCACGUUGUUUGCUUUGACCUUAUUUUGCAUGGCAUAACCUUCCUUUUUUUGCAGUAAUACAUUCAGUUAAGUGGUUCAACUUAAGCUACACGGGUUUUACAAAGACAGAUUAUCAGCAAUUUCUUAAAUCACAAAACAGUAACAUCGGCUCAGACCAUUCUUCCCUCUCAUUGGUUUGCUCUCCGUCUGGUCACAAAGACCCUGAGAGACGUCCACACACAGACAGUACUGCUGCCCUGACACCUCCGUCAUUAAAGGAAGGUCUCUUUAUCUGGUUCUCCAAAAUACAUUUAUUAGUUUGUCGUUUAUCUUUUUUUUUUAAGCUCUGUCUUAUUUUAAUUCUUUUUUUUCUAAGUGAAUGUUCACAUUGCACUUGCUAUUGAAUUUUAUUUUGACUUCAACAUAAUCUAAGAAAUGCCAACCUCACAAAAUAACUGGACUGCCUUGCUGUUGGUUCCGUUAGCAGAGAUGGUAAAUAGGGCUGAGCUGCUGUUUUCAGCCUCUACAGUAACAUUACCUCUUUAUACUACACAAUAUUUCAGUACUAUAGCAUUAUAUGAAAGUGCCUCUGUAUUUCCUUCAUGCAAUUUAUUAUAAACUUCAGAUUCUCUUCCCACACAUAAGCUAAAGCUACAAGGAUUGUUAGCGAUGGUACAUGUGGAAACCAUUGGCCCAGGACAGAUCUUUAAAGAGGAACGCAAAUGUUUUUGUAAAAAAAAAAAGAGAGAGAGAGAGAGAGAGUUUUUUUUUUCAUAUAUAUUUAUGAUAUAUGGUCCUUUUUUAACUUUUAUUACAUUAGCUUGUUGGCAGUCUAGUUAUUUUUUGAACUUUCAACACCUUCCCCCUGACCCCAUUCAACAUCUUUCAAGUAAACUUAGCCUUUCAUUAACCGUACCGAUACACAUGUCAUCACCAUCUGGAGCUCAGCGUGAUAACGUCUGGAUAAACAUGUCACAAGUCAACAGUAGGUUUGAAGAAAAAGAAAAAAGUGUUUGUUCUUUUGAUGCAAAGUAUUAUUGUUAUUGAAAAAUAUGUGUCGAUUGAGCCACAUGCAAUGCAAUGGGUAGAUCAUUGUGUUUGUCUGUUAGAGAUUUUUAAGAAAGCUGAAAGAAAAGAGUAAAAAAAAAAAUGUAAUUGUUUCAAGUCCAUAAGCUCCGGGACUCUAAACUAGAGGGCCAUGGAAAAUCCUAGUCUUUUAAGUUGGGGGUAUUUGAUUUACUUCUUUAUGACUCUUUUUUUUUAAUGUUCUAUGUGUAAUCAUUUGUAUCAUAAAUAAGUGGGUGUGCUGAAGGGAAAAAGACUUCAGAAACAAAUAGUC